UUUCUUUAACAUGCUAAAAAUGAAUAAUUUCUAGAGUUAAAUGAUGAGUAACCUUUUUUUCUCUAAAAAAAACUACACUAUGUUCCAUCCAUCUCCAACCCAAAAACAAACAUUUCCGUAGUCUCUGUUUUUCUAACAUUUGCACACUCUGUUUCAACUAUGGCAGCCUCCGACAACAACGACGUUGUCACCGAUUUCUACCCUUACUAUCGACUCUAUAAAGACGGUCGAGUUGAGCGUUUCUACGAACUUUCUGGUGUACACGAAGUUCCACCGUCGCUGGAAGAUCUAGUGACUGGCGUAUCAUCCAGAGACGUGAGCAUCUCUGCUCACGUCUCUGCUAGACUCUACCUUCCAAAAAACACCGCACCUGAUCAAAAGCUCCCCGUCCUAGUGUAUUACCACGGCGGGGGACUUGUAUUAGGAUCCGCUUUUUUCAAAACAGAGCAUACUUACCUCAACCAUUUGGUUUUCGAAUCGAAUUGCGUAGCGAUCUCUGUAAAUUACCGACUUGCCCCUGAACAUGACCUCCCUACAAUCUACCAGGAUUGCUGGGACGCUCUUCAAUGGGUCGCUUCACACGUUGUUGCUGAUACAGUUAACAAAGAACCGUGGAUUGAAAACCACGGUGAUUUCAACCGCGUGUUUGUAGCGGGAGACAGUGCAGGAGGAAAUAUAGUUUAUAAUUUGGUGAUGAGAGCGGGGAUAGAAAAAUUGAUUGGAGAUGUGAAACUUUUAGGUGCUAUCCUUGCUUUCCCUUAUUUGUUGAUACCAUCGAUCGAAAACUUCGAUAAAGGUUUAGCCUACAAGCUUUGGAAUACCAUUUCCCCGCCAUCUGAGCGGGGAAAUGAUAGUCCCAUGGUUAAUCCAAUUUCGAAAAAAUGCCCUAGCUUAUCAAUGCUAGGGUGUUCGAAGCUUUUUUUGUGUACAGGGGAGAAAGACGAACUUGUUAUAACAGGAACUGGGAUUCAAUUUGUUGAAGCUGUGAAGAAAAGUGGAUGGAAAGGGGAAAUUGAGUUCAUCGAAGUUGAAGGUGAAGGUCAUUGCUUUCAGGCUGAAAAUCCUGAAGCUGAGAAAUCUAAAGAUUUGAUCAAGCGCAUUGCUUCCUUCAUCCAAUGCAAGUGACACAUGUCGUACGGAUUAUUAAGAUCUCUGAACAUUUUAUCUUCUCCGAAUUCCUCUUAUGGGAUUUUACUAUUAGUGUAUAUUACUAUCUUAAAUUAAAUACGAGUAAUAUCUGCAAUAAACAUGUAUGUAAGAGUGAAUACUCUAUUGGAAUUGUUCUUUUGUGUAUGUAAAAUUGUUGGCAGCUGUAAAGAGUUUACCAUUGCUUACAAUAGAAGAAAAACGAGCAAUUACAUUUUAUCA